UAUUGAAGGAGAAUGUUAUAAUACACUUAUUGAAGGAGAAGAGUUACAGUGUGAUGGCUUCUCUUACGUGUUUGUAAGAACCUGCUGUGAAACUUUUUCAUUGAAGAGAACCAUGUCGGACAAUAUCCUUGUGGCUGUCCGUGUAAGGCCACUGAUCACACGGGAGGAGGCAGAGUCCGCCACUCUUCAUUGGCAAAUUGGUCAUGAACACACCAUUACACAAGUUGAUGGAUCUAACAAACCUGUGUGUGCUCCAUACCAGUUUGACAAAGUGUUGGGGAUAGAUUAUGAUAAUGAGGGCGUGUACACUGAAGUGGCAGAACCCAUUGUUGAAGCUGCUCUUGAUGGUUUCAAUGGAACUAUUUUUGCUUAUGGUCAGACAUCAUCUGGCAAGACAUUCACCAUGAUGGGUGACAAAAGUCUCCCUGGAAUUAUUCCCCUCGCCAUUCAAAACAUAUUCCGUGGUAUUGAGAACACACCAGAUCGUGAAUAUCUUAUAAGAGCAUCCUACAUGGAAAUCUAUAAUGAAAGUAUAACUGAUUUACUUGUUGGUCGUGAGUCACGAAAAUUGCUGCACGUAAGAGAGGAUCAGUCAGGAAAUGUUUAUGUUGCUGAUUUGAAGGAGGAGUGUGUUAAUUGUGAAAAGAAUUUACUGGAAUUAAUGAGAAGAGGAGACAAGAAUCGUCACAUAGGAACAACAAACAUGAAUGAACGUAGUUCUAGAUCUCACACAAUUUUUCGAUUGGUAAUGUUUUGUCAAAUAUUUUAA